AUGCUGAUCCAGUACCUGUUUGUGUUUGCGCAGGUGCAUGAAGACUUUCGGAUACCGGAACUGCUCUCAAUCUCCGAACUCUAUGGAUUUGAGAUCAAAUUUCCUGAGCGACUCGAGGAUAGAGACACGUCCCGGCCGUUCAUGCUCCUCGAGCUCGAGAGUGAAGAACAUGCACGACUUCUUUCAAGAAGAUGCAUUCUGAUCAGAUAUGUCUGCGAAUUCUACGCUCGCGGAAAGUCCUACGAGGAGGUGCACGAACACAACCGGGCGCGAUCUUCUCUAUGGGAGAAGUACAUCGAAGACACUUCGUUCAAAUUCCUGGUAACAGCUUUCAACCACACCAUCCCGCAAUGGCGGCAGAGAGACGUUGUCGAGAGCUUCUCAUACAUGGACUUCCGGGGCAAGAUCGACAUGAAGAACCCGGACAUCACCUUGACAGUCUUUGAGGAAUAUCCUGAUAAGCAUGGGACUACGCGCGAGAAGACAGAAGGCGAUGGCCAAUUCGAUGAAGUCUGGUUUGGGAGGUUGAUUGAAGUAGGUUCCGCGAGACCGCUGGUGAAGACAUUCGACGUCAAAAAACGGGUCUAUUAUGGCAAUACCAGUAUGGAAGCCGAAAUAUCCCUACUGAUGGCCAAUCAAACCCUAGCUUCUCCGGGAAAGCUGAUAUACGAUCCCUUCAUUGGUACUGGCAGUAUGGCUUAUACUACUGCUCACUUCGGCGCCUUCGUCCUCGGCUCAGACAUUGACGGCCGGCAAUUGAGAGGGAAAAUCAAACCGCCAGGUAUCAUCCGCGCUGCUGCUCAAUACGGCGUUGCCAGCCGCAUCGUGGAUCUUUGUACAUUCGACGUGACCCAGAAUCCUUGGAGGUGCGGAAAUCUGUUUGACGCUAUCAUCACAGAUCCUCCAUACGGCGUCAGAGCAGGAGCCAAGCGGCUAGGACGGAAGAGCAACCGGCCACCACGAGAAGCUCCAGCGCCUGCGCACACUGAACGGCCAGACGAUCAACCAUAUAUACCACCCAUGAAACCGUACGAGCUUUCCGAGUUAGCGCGGGAUCUCGUCAUCCUUGCUCGGUAUAUGCUCAAGCCGCGCGGACGCCUUGUGUUCUUCCUGCCGACGGUCACGGAAGAGUAUGAAGAGCUUGACGUCCACGCGAUGCUCUGUGAUGGCAUGGAACUCGUUGCCAACUCUCUACAAAACUUCGGGUCCUGGGGUAGACGGUUGAUCACCAUCCGCAAAACGACGGCGGAGAGGUACCCGCCUCCGAUCUUUGAUCCCGCACGCGCUGUCACGGAGGCCAUGGACGUCCACGUACCAGCCCAUAAGGAUUUCCGUGAGAAGUACUUUCAGGGGUUCAAAAAGAGCGAUGACAGCAUUGAAGACAUGCAAAUAGGGUGA